AUGCUGCCUGAGUUCCCCAUAUCCAAGGACUUCGCUAUUUCCAAGGACUAUGCCAUUCCCAAGGACGACCGUGGUGGAGCCACUGUCAACGUAGACAAUCUCCAGGACUCUUGGAGUCUAGUGGGGCGGUACGACGUUGAAGAGGAAUCGGGGACGCUAAUUCCGUUCCAGAGCGAAGACAGUGACACAAAGCAAUCACAAAGUAAAGCUGUAACAUCUAGGAAACCAAAGGCCAAAAACGUGAAUUCUCAGCCACCACAAACAAAAGAAGGUGAAAAACCCCCACCCAUCAUCUUUGACGGCAUCCUAAGAGACCGAAAGGAAAUCAUCCCCCUCAUUAAGUCUCUCACAGUGAAAAAAAUCUAUUUCAAGUAUGGAAAUGAGAGCACCUUGCUAUACACGGAAUCUACUGAGGAUUUCGAAAAUGUCAAAAGGAGGCUCAAGGAAGACAAGGUAUCCUUCUAUAGAUAUGCCCUCAAGCAGGACAAAACACACGCAUUCGUGCUGAGGGGCUUGGACUUUGAGCCUGAGCCCUCCGAGAUCAUUGAAGAAAUGGAACAAGAACAUAAAAUCAAGGUCAAGGAGGUCUACAGGCUUAACACGCGGUAUAGGCCUCUCUACCUGAAAAAAACCAUUCUGCUUCAAAUACGGGGGGAUUCCACGCUAUUAUACACGGAAACCAUUGAGGAUUUCGAGAACGUCAGGAAGAAGCUGGAGGAGGACGAAGUAGCGUUCUACAGGUACGCCCCGAAGAAGGAAAAAACCCAUGCAUUUGUGCUGAGAGGCCUGGACUUUGAGCCUUAG